UCCCCAUUCCCCUCUAUUAGGUUUCUGGGACAUCUCGUUACACAGACUCCAUAUAGAAUAUAUAUAUAUAUAUAUAACAAAAGUGCAUCGAGCAGAUAGCAGAGCUAGCUAGAGAACGCAGAGAGUGAAAACGAAGAGGACAAGAUAUGUGGCGGUGCGUUGCUCGGGGCCUUCGCGUUCCUUCGUCUUCUUGCAAGAGAUUGGUCUCUAAUGACUCCGUUAGAUCUCACAUUUCUAGAGCUUUCUCCACUAAUUUGACUUCGGAAAAACCAUCCUACACAAUUGUAGAUCAUACUUAUGAUGCAGUUGUUGUAGGAGCUGGUGGUGCGGGGUUGAGAGCAGCCAUAGGGCUGUCAGAGCAUGGCUUCAACACAGCUUGCAUUACCAAGCUUUUCCCGACCCGGUCUCACACCGUUGCAGCUCAGGGUGGUAUAAAUGCUGCACUGGGAAAUAUGACUGAAGAUGACUGGAGAUGGCAUAUGUAUGAUACAGUCAAGGGAAGUGACUGGCUUGGUGAUCAGGAUGCCAUUCAGUACAUGUGUCGGGAGGCACCCAAGGCUGUGAUUGAACUUGAGAACUACGGGUUACCGUUUUCUCGCACAGAAGAUGGAAAGAUAUAUCAGCGUGCAUUUGGUGGUCAAAGCCUAGAUUUUGGAAAAGGUGGACAGGCAUACCGUUGUGCAUGUGCUGCAGAUCGUACCGGCCAUGCCCUGUUGCAUACUCUCUAUGGGCAGGCUAUGAAGCAUAACACACAAUUUUUUGUAGAGUAUUUUGCUUUGGAUCUAUUGAUGAACAGUGAUGGUAGCUGCCAAGGAGUAAUUGCAUUGAAUAUGGAAGAUGGCACAUUGCAUAGAUUCCAAGCUGGUUCGACAAUUUUGGCCACUGGGGGCUAUGGUAGGGCAUACUUUUCUGCGACCUCAGCGCAUACUUGCACUGGAGAUGGCAAUGCCAUGGUUGCUCGAGCUGGGAUUCCUCUUGAGGAUCUAGAAUUUGUUCAGUUUCACCCAACAGGUAUAUAUGGAGCUGGGUGCCUUAUCACUGAAGGAUCUCGCGGUGAAGGUGGUAUUCUUCGAAAUAGUGAAGGUGAACGUUUUAUGGAACGAUAUGCUCCUACCGCAAAGGAUCUUGCAUCAAGAGAUGUCGUUUCAAGAUCUAUGACCAUGGAGAUUCGUGAUGGUCGAGGUGUAGGACCUUUGAAGGAUCAUAUAUACCUCCAUUUAGAUCACUUACCUCCAGAAGUACUCAAGGAAAGGCUUCCUGGUAUCUCUGAAACUGCUGCGAUUUUCGCUGGUGUGGAUGUCACAAAGGAACCAAUCCCUGUCUUACCGACAGUGCAUUAUAAUAUGGGUGGAAUUCCCACCAACUACCAUGGAGAGGUGGUUACCAUUAUAGGUGAUGAUCCGGAUGCAGUAGUUCCUGGGUUAAUGGCUGCUGGGGAAGCAGCUUGUGCAUCUGUUCAUGGCGCUAAUAGGCUUGGUGCAAAUUCUCUUCUUGAUAUUGUUGUGUUUGGCCGAGCUUGUGCAAACAGAGUGGCAGAGAUUCAGAGACCAGGAGAGAAACAGAAACCUUUGGAGAGCGAUGCUGGGGAGAGGACUAUUGCAUGGCUGGACAAAAUAAGGAAUUCAAAUGGUUCCCUUCCUACAUCAAAAAUUCGAUUGAACAUGCAGAGAAUAAUGCAAAAUAAUGCUGCUGUUUUCCGCACCCAAGAAACAUUAGAAGAAGGUUGUAAGUUGAUUGACAACGCUUGGGAAAGCUUCCAUGAUGUUAAGUUGAAAGAUAGGAGUCUGAUAUGGAACUCUGAUUUGAUAGAGACAAUAGAGUUGGAAAAUCUUUUGAUAAAUGCUUGUGUUACAAUGCAUUCUGCUGAAGCCAGGAAAGAGAGCAGAGGCGCACAUGCUCGAGAGGAUUUUCCAAAAAGAGAUGAUGAGAACUGGAUGAAGCACACUUUAGGGUAUUGGGAGAAAGAGAAAGUACGACUAGAUUACAGGCCAGUUCACAUGAACACAUUAGAUGAUGAGAUGGAGACAAUCCCACCAAAAGCUCGUGUUUACUGAUACAUCGGGUCGUGAAAUUGGAUUGCAGCAUCAAGUGUAGAUGUUGUGAACUAAUUCAUUUACUGAACUCGAAAUGGUAAUAAUAAGAAAUAAGUUGUGGACUUGUGGUACACAAUUAUGGCCAAAACUGUUGCACUCUCCAUUGGUCAAAGCGAUUGAAAUUGUGGAGACAUUGCAAUUGGUUUGUAAUUAUGUGCAUUUUUGAAAUUUAGGUGCAGCAAUAGCUCUGCAAAUAGGUUUGAAGUUGUUUCUCCUGCAUUAUUUAGAUGAUAAUAAGCUGUUUAACUUGUAACGGGAAACCUACUUUUGGGUUCGCUCCCAUCUUCUUCAGCUUUCCUUAUUUGAAUACAAGGUUCUGGUGGCUUUGGGUCCUUCUA